UCUUGGAGUUGCUAAAGAAAAAAAUCCAACUGAGUACAGUUGAAGAUCCACUGGCUUUAUUAAGGACUCAUGAAUCGGCAGCAUUUCAUGUAGCAAGCAGAGGGGAGCUCUGAGGCAUUGUACAAAAUGGAUGGUUUUCAAAGGAAGGAGGGUGGGGCAAGGAAGUUAUUAGCAAACGACCCCCAUCCCUAAACAGAAUAGCAGAAGAUUGGAGAAGAGGAGUUGAGACAGAGCCUGAGUCGAGGCUGGGUCAUGGUGUCCACUUGUUCCAAGGUGAGCAUGCCCUGCACGAGGGUGCUCUCUGCCCCCACUAGGUCAUCGCUAAGGGUCACCUUGCCCAUUUAUGCUGUAGAGAACAGCAACUCUUAUUUCGUGGAGUAAAUAUAGAAUGCUCAACAAACACUUGUGUUGUCUUCGAGUCUCCAACGCAGGAUCCUUCAAGAUAUUUCCAUAUUUGACAGCCACCUCAAGUCUUUCCUGACCAUUGCAAGAGACGUCCUGAUAUGGAAAAAAAAAAAAAAAAAAAAAAACGGACAAAACCAAAGAGCUAGUGUUGCACUCCCUGUUUAGAGAGAGCUGCCUUAGCAACGUUAUAGAUCUUUCUGGGUGUGCUCCAUGUUACCCGUGCAUGGGAGGAAAGAGCAUUAAGAGUUGUCAGUUAAGGGCACAUCCACCAGAGAGGUUAGUUAUGCUUGGAGACUGGGGCACUGGGGACUCCUCAGAGCUUGGUCACAGCCCUUUAGGACGCCAUUAACAGAGAAAUAGGAGGAGAGCCAAUGAAGCGGUAUCCACAGUCUUGUUCUGAGAAUUGGAUAAAAAGCAAGAGAGUGAGUUAGAAUGAUCCUUGGAGAGAGCAGCGAAGGCAGGUGAGUUUUCCCUACGUACAGGGAAUUGAUCUCUCCCUCUGUGCAAGCAGAAGGGUGGGGCCAGUGGUGAAAGACUGGGAUAGAUUUAGUUUGUAAUGAUUAACAUAAGGAAGACACACUGCCUGCCAGUUACUUGCCCUUCUGAGUGACUCAAUGAUAAGAUAAAGAUGAUGGAAAUAAAUGCAGGAGACACAGCCUGAUUGGAAAAGUCAGCUGCUUUGAGCUUCUACGGACAUGGCUGCAGGAUUCCUGGUUCCCCUGCCGGUGCUCACGGGGCUGUUGCUGUUCCUGUGUGUCGGGCCCCGGGCUGAAGGUGGGAAGGUGCUGGUCUUGCCCAUGGAUGGCAGCCACUGGCUCAGCAUGAAGGAGGCCCUGCAGGAGCUCCAUGCUAGAGGCCACGAAAUAGUGGUCGUUUCGCCAGAGGUGAAUCUGCAUAUCAAAAAAGAGGACUUUUUCACCCUGAUGACCUACACCAUUCCCUACACCCAGGAGGAAUUUAAUGACCUCUUUCUGGGCCACUCUUAUCUGGUUUUUGAAAAAGUACAUUUUCUAAAGAUGUUUUUGAAAAUCAUGGAAAAUUUGAAAACUGCUUCUUUCAUUUUUCAAAGGUCUUGCAAGGAGCUGAUGUACAACAAGGACCUGAUCGGGCACCUGAACUCCAGUUCCUUUGAUGUGGUUUUAACAGAUCCUGUUUACCCCUGUGGGGCAGUCCUGGCUAAGUACCUGUCACUGCCUGCCGUGUUUUUUUUGCGCUAUGUUCCCUGCGACUUAGAUUUUGAGGGCACGCAGUGCCCAAACCCUUCCUCAUAUAUUCCUAGGCUAUUAACAAUGAAUUCAGACCACAUGACGUUCCUGCAAAGGGUCAAGAACAUGCUCUACCCUCUGUCCCUGAAGUACAUUUGCCAUGUUGCUUUCACUCCUUACGCAAGCCUCGCCUCUGAGCUCCUGCAGAGAGAGGUGUCGGUGGUGGAUGUUUUCAGCUCUGCAUCCGUGUGGCUGUUCAGAGGAGACUUUGUACUGGACUACCCCAGGCCAGUGAUGCCCAACAUGGUCUUCAUCGGGGGCAUAAACUGUGCCAACAGGAAGCCAUUAUCACAGGUCUGUAUGGAUGCCUACAAUGUUCCAAGUGGAACACAUGUCUGUUUUUUUUUUUUCUUAAUUUACUUCCAGGUGUUUACUUAUCUACCAGUCUUUCUAAAGAUGUCUAUCUCUCGUUCUCCUGACAGUUUGGUAAGAUGAAUGUUGAAGUGCCUCCACUAAUGCAGGAAAGGUUUGCCAGGGUCACUGAGAAAAAUGAGAGGCAGGGGUGAGCGUCUGUGAUAGGAUUGGCAAGUGCUGCUUUGAGUCAACCAAGACUGUCUUCCAGGCAGGCGCCGUCUUCAUAGUUGUGCAAUUUUCUCCAGCUGUGUAGGAGCAGAGACACCGAGUUGUGGGCUGAUCCAUCAGGAGGUUUUGCUUGUGGGUGUUUGCUCAUCCUGGAGGACAAAGGAACUAUCACAUUGUGUUUGUUGACACGGUCGUUUUUAGUGGCUUCGUCUUGGAAGGGUCUAAAGUGUGAUCAUAGGAGACCUAAACACCAAAAGGGAGCAGGAGUGUCUGAGAGCUUGAGUAAAUUAAGGGGAAGUGAGACGAUGCAGAAGAGAGAAGGUGGGGUCUCUGUGACCCGAGAAAGUAACCGAGUUCAAGUUUUCAGGGAGGGAGCUGUGCUGACAAGUUUCCCGACCAGGUGUUGAUAUCUGGUAUAUAACUCGGGGCUAGCAGAAUUGCAUGGCAGGUCGGUUGAAUGGCUUGGGAUGCUGAAGUCAUCAAAGGUUGGUCAGAGGGACUAAGGAAGAGAUAAAACUAGGAGCCUAUAAACCCAGUGAAGCGGAGGACGGUGAUGAAAAGAAUGGAGUCUAAAAGGGGAAAGGGUUGUUGGGAGGGCUGACCGCAUCACCAGGCCCACCCUCCCAGCCCAGGUUUCCAUGGUAGAAAUUAUUGCUUUACUAAUACUUUCAGAGGCAUCUGACAUUAAUCCUGGAUAUUUGGGUUUAAUUGAAAUAGGACUCAUGGGAGCUAUUUUAUUUCUUAAUCCACUGAGUUAGCCAUCUUUUUUCCCCCCAUUUAUGCCAUAUUCACUUACUUUAUAUUAACUUCCAUGACUUUAGAUCUUUUAUAGUUUUUGCAUUCUUACUUCUGUAUCUCUUUUUAUUUAUGUACAUAUUAUUGCACAGGACUCUAAUGCCAUUUCUCUUUUUGCUUCAGACCACAAGGGAGCUACACUAUCUGGCUUUUUCCUUUGUGCAAUGCAUUUAUUCACUUAAAAAUAUAUAUAUUAGGCUUGUAAAAAUUGAAAAAUAGGAAGGCAUUUAAAAAGUAACUGGUGCUCUUUUCUUUUAGUGUUGCUAUGUAAAUAUAUCCUCUGGAGUUAACUGCACUGGUUCAAAUUCUCACUCCCGUUUUUCUAGCUGAACGGGCAGGUGGGCAGGUGACCCAACUAUUCUGGCCUGACUAUUGUCACAAUGAGCAUACAAUAAAUAUUAUCUAUUAUCAUUAUUUAAAAAGUGCCCAGCAGGACAAGGUAUGUCAUCUGGAGACCGUUAGAUGUUUGUGCCAAUUUAUUUGGUAUGCGAAAGAUCAUUUACACUGAAAUUCUCAAGUAUUAUACGUGCUAGGCACACCAUUAUCACUUUUGUUCCACUAAAUUCUUUUUUACUUUGAGAUUUUGUCUCCCUUACUUUGGUUUACCCUUAGAUGUGACUUCUUUCGGUACUU